UCCAAAGGUUUUUAAAAACAUGAAUUCAGCUGCACACAGGUAUGAAGUUUGGACAGAGCUGAAACUUAUCAAAAUUUACAAAAUGUGUGUGGAAGGAGUAUAAAUGUGUGAAUAAUUCAUAGGAGGAUCUUUAAAUUGUGAAUUAAAAUGGCCGAAAACCAAACUAGGUCCGAAGAUAAUUCUUUCCUUCCAGAACCUGGUUCAGAGCACCCAUUAUCCGCACUACAGCAGCAAUCUCAUGUACAUCAACAGCCGCAUGUACAAUCCGAGCUUGUUGUACAACAACACCCUCACGUACUACAACAACAAAAUGUACACCUACAACCUCUUGUACAAUCUCAGGCUCAUGUACAACCACAAGCACAUGUACAAUUACAGUAUGCCGACCAUGGAGGUUAUGCACAAAAACAAGAAAACUUACAACGAGGUUAUGAAGAAACAGUAGGACAAGAGAUAAAACUCAAAGUUGGUUCUCAAAGAAAUUUGCAACAUCAGAAUUCUGCAGAACUUCAGCGUGUGGAAACAGAGGUUCAUGAUAAUCAUUCAUCUCUGCAUAUGCAGAUAUCAGAAUCAGGAGAACGUGUUCUGCUGCAGCCUACUGGAACAUGCCAUCCACAUCAUCAGCAAGUAGAUCAAAGCGUUCAAUAUGUGCAGCUGGGUUCAGCAAACCAAUACCAUCAUCAGAAAGCAGUUUCUCUACAACAACCCAUACCAACAGCCGUACAAAUUCAACAGCAACCUAACACAGAGGAAACUUCACAACAUCAAUUUAUUGAAGCAGGAAGUCGGAUACAGCUUUCUAGCAAGGAAACAGAACAUUAUUCACAACACCAGCUUCCAGGUGUACAUCCACAACAAUCACAUGAAGGAGUUGCAGAAGGGCCCCCACAACUUCAGCAUGUGGAAGCAGGAAGUCAUCCACAAAAUUUGCUUGUUCAACAACAAAGAGACGCAGGGUAUACACAACCACAACAUAUGCAACAUCACACUGAACAGGGAGCCCCGCAACAGCUAGAACUUACAGCUGUUGAUGUGCAUCAAGUUGUAGAGAGUGUUGAGGGAGGAGAUCAGUAUGUUACAAUUGUACAAGAUGGUCAGACGUAUGCGAUACCUUUAGCAGAUUAUGAAGCAAUGCUUGGUAAAGUAGAGAUUAACACCGUCCAAGAACAUCAAGAACCAACAAGAGAAUCAACGGCUAAGGGCUCUCCCGAGGCCGGAAUGAGUAUGUCCUGGAUGUCUGCAGGAGUAUUUGAGCCUCCGACCUCCAAACGGAAAAUUAUCUCAAAUCUUGGAUCUCAGAAAUCUGCAAAGCCAGUACUCAGGCCCAUUAAGGUUGACAAUUGGGGCAUUUUCCUCUUGGACAGACUUCAGAGUUGCUUUCAGAGGAAAGAGCUUUGUGAUCUUACUGUCAGAUUUCCGGACAAAAACGCGCAGAUCAAGAUGCACAAGCUUGUGGUGAAUGCUUGCACAGAGUACUUCAUUAACGCAGAAAAGGAAGGUAAACUUGUAGAGGGUAUAAUGGAUAUGCCAGCAAACUUUGUACCGGAAGCAAUGGCACCAAUCAUUAGAUUUAUGUACACAGGUAAGCUGGAGGUGAAGGAAGAUUCUUUUCAACGGUUGUAUGAUACUGCCCAUCUCCUCAACAUGUCUGUGCUGAUCAAGCUGCUGGAUGCACAGCUCAACCCUCCACUCUCAAACACGGACCUGGAGAACAAGAACAAGAGGAAGUCCAGUGCUGAAGAUGAUCCCGUCAACCAAGUCAAGAAAUUCAAGAAAAUCGAGGAAAUUGUCAAACAGGAAGAAGCUAAAGCAUCAAAACUGGAAAGGCUAAAAUCUUUGUACAAGUUGAAACAGAAAGAAGAAGAAUUAGAGAAAAUGAAGCUUCCCGGAAAGAAGCUACCGAUAUGGAAGAAACGGGUUUUUGGAGCUUCUGAAACAUCAAACCCCACCAUGGACCAUAUAGACCCAAUGCCAGAGAAUGUAAAAACGGAAUUAAAAAGUCCUUUAACUACAGCAACCAGAUCCUAUAUAAUUCCAAAACUAGGAGAGCCAAGUCCUAAAAAGAUUACCCCCACCACCUACCAAAGGAAACAGUCUCCAGACAAACCAAAAAUUCCCCGUAAACUUAGAGAAAUCCAGGAACAUCUGCUUUUCGAGAAGGUUCUAAGAACAGGGUCGAAAAACACCCUGAUGCAACGAAAGGAUGGAGAGGAGGGAAGGGAACCUCUAUCUGCUGAGGAGAUUAAGGAGCUUGGUGAGCAGCAGGCUCAGCGGAAGGAUGUUGAAGAUGAUGAUGAAGAAGAUUAUUUUGAUAAUGAUACUGAGUUUAUUACUGAUGAGUAUCUUGGAGAUAAUGAUUCUCCUGCUCCUGAACCCCAACCAGAGGAAGAGGAGGAAAAUACCCAGCAACCUUCGGUAGAUCAGGAGCAAAUAACUUCGGAUGUGCCUAAGAAUACAGUGGAACCUGGAAGAAAAACAGUACUUUUCAGUAUAAAACCUGAACCAACGGGUUCAUACUCAGCACCCUCUGAACUCUCACAAUCUAAAUCUUCUACAUCAACUUCACCAUCUACAUCUACUCCUUUAUCAAUGUCUGCUCCUACUACGUUACUCCCCUGUAAAAUCCCAAAGGCAGCUGUUACCCCAAUACUUCAGAGUGAACUAGAUGAUGCUCUCGACGAGUUCACUAGGGUGGCAGAGGAGGAAGCUAUGGAGGAAGAAGGAUCUAAUGAAACCCAGGAAAUGAAAAAACCAAGAAGAGGACGACCGCCGAAAGUUCUCCAAGAAAAAAAGCUCUCCAUGGCUCCAUCUCCCCCAGUGAUAAACGAAGUUAAAAAAGAUGUUCCUGUAAACAAAUCUGAUGGGGUCGAUCAAUCUAGAUUGAUCGCUGAUCUCCUGAAGAAGUAUCCGAAGAUCUUGAAGGACAACAAGCCGGUGAAAAUAAGGAUGUCUGUGGUGGAGAACGGGAAACCUACGGUUCAGGUGAUCACUCUGAAACCUCAGGUGGUUCCUUGUAAACCUUUAUAUCAACAGUUCAAUCCUAGCUCAGCACUUAAAAAUCUACCAAAGGUUCUGUACACUGGUAGACGGGGAAGACCAAAAAAACUAAAGCCCGGUGAAGUUGACCCUCAUGCUGAACAGCGGCGAAAGAUCAAAGAGAACCUGAAGAAGAACUGCCCCAGCCUGGCCCGCCAGCUAGAGGAGGAGGAGGAUGAACCUGAUGUACAGAUUUGUCCGGAGAUACCAGAACCUGCUGGUUCCUGGCUAGACCAGACAAACAACCAGUACCAGAACACACAACGGGGUCAUCAGAUCGGAGCUAAUCAUCAGAUUCAAGCUCAACUAGUUUCCCAGCAUCCUGAUAAUCAACAUGGCUUAGUGGAUUUCUGCGGAGGAGGAGGUGGAGGAGUAGUUGGUGGAGGUGGUAUGCAGGUUGAUGGAACUAAUCUGUAUCAAUUGGUUCAGAACCCUCAGGAGUAUCUCCAGAUCCUUGACCCAGAGGACUCAAAAUAUGUUUAUGUCAUGGAUCUCAAGGCUGGAGGGAAUGUUCUUGUACAACACACCGUUAAUUCUGCAGGCAUGAUAGUACCUUCUACUUUUACAUCUACAUCUGGCACUGUUCUUCAAGGAGUUCAGAGUUUAUCAUCCAUCCAACAAACUUCAGUCAUUCCAUCCAUUCAAUCCUCCUCACUCAUCCCAUCUAUUCAACACUCAGUCAUCCCCUCCACAACUCUUAUUCAACCCAACACCGGAAUUGUUUCCAUUUCAUCCCUCAACCCCAUCAUCCAUAACAGCAGUGUGAUCCCACAAACCUCUAUAGUUAUUCCCUCCUCCCUCCCUGGAUCACUGAUACCAGGAGUACAACCCGCCCUACCCUCUCUAAACCCUGGUCAGAUACUUGGAGGAGUUCCUGAACCUGAACAGUCGGAUAAACGAAUGGACAAGAUAGUCGAUGAUUGGGAUUCCGAUGCUGAUUAGAGGAAGAAUUUUGAAACUUAAAAAACGGAAAUAACUAUUUAGCUAGAGUGCACAUCUCAUGCUUAUCCUGAAGUAUAUUGAGGAUUGUGGGGUAGGAGUAGAUACCAAAUAAUCACUGAGAGAAUUUGUGUGAUGAAAAGACAUAGAAAUUGUUGUCGUAACUUUAAAGUACUACUAAAUGACUGUGAUCGUACAUUUUAACGAUCCUUUGUUUAAGAGUGCCAUAAAUGAUUCACAAAGUUCUCUUUAUGACAAUAGUGCACAAUUAUUCUUCUACACUCUCGAAAGAUACACAGCUUGUGGCAACAGUUUUUUUAGAACCAGACUGAAGAAUUCCGAUUUUCGGUGCAAAAACAAACAAGAAAGUACUAUUUCAGAUAGGAUAACAACGAUAUUUGCACCUGUUAUGUAUAUUUUAAAACUUGAUAAAGACAUUUAAUUUUUUUUAAUACGUUUUUAUCACGCUUUUUAUAAAUGUUAUCAAUUGAAUUUUAAAUACCUUAGAUACCUCUUUAAAAAGGCGUAUUAUCCUUCGUACCAACGCCUCGUUCUUUAAUUUCGCAACAAACUGCACGAAGUGUACCAUAUCACGAUUGGUGAUGCAGUAUUUCUCCCCAUAUUGUUAUUGUAUCAAAUUUUUUAGCGUUCAUGAUUUCAUGACAAGGGAAAUACAAAGAAUUGAUGUUCUUUUAGAGGAAAA